AUGGUGACUGAGUGGGCGCUCGUCACCUCUCCUUUCUGGGCCACACGGAUCUCAGCUGGGCUUUCUGUCAAGCCACGGUCCAGGUCAAGCGGUGUCUGUGACCAUGUUGUCGAAGACGAGGAGCUCGUGCCUGCUGAGUCGUUGCGUGAGCGAGCGCUGGACAAAUUUAUAAAAGGUGCCUGUGCCGAGCUACUAAGUGCAUUCCGCUGGGACUGUGGCUCCGAGAUUGACGACCGUACGGCGUUUGGGAGAGACCUGCUCGAGCUCGGGGUAACCAUUGAUGUGCCCCAUGACUGGGACUGGGCCGUCGUGGUGCUGAAGCGGCUGCUGGUGGUCCGGCAGUCGUUUGAGGAGUUCUGCUGGCGAGGUUCGGACGGGCGGUGGGCAGUGAUGAUGAAAACGGAAUCGUAG